UGCAUUAAACAUUUGAUGGCGAGAAACUCAGUGGACCGUAUCAUUAGUGAGGUGUAUGUUCCAGGAAGGCUUUUGUAUUUGUUGUGUAUGCAGGUCAGAGGAGUGAGAAGUGAGAGUCUUGUCUCCUGGAGUCGAGUGAUUAGUGGACGCUCUCCAGAGCUGGUUGUUCGAGUCAAGAAGAUGACAUCAAACCGCCUUGUGACAUUUGCAGCUUUCUUGCUAAUGACAACGUGUGUUGUGGAAACACAAGGAUUCCUUGAAACAUCGAUCUACACCUCUGAGCUUAAAUCCAAAGACGGCCACCCCAACCAAUUGAGACAAAAACGACAAUCCAGUACAUAUGCACUGGAAUACAUUGUGGUGGUAGAGAUAAAUGUUUCAGAAGUGAUUUUGAUACAGCAGCUCAAGUCAUCAGUCGCUGUUCAGUUAAACAACUCGACUCGAAUCUCUACUGUGGAAAUAACAACUGUGUGCCAAUUAAAUAAUUCUGGAUUCCAGUGCAUGUGUGAGGAUCAGUAUUUUUGGCCAUGUGACAAGUGCAUGCAAUAUGGGCAAUGCAACAACAACAACAACAACACCGCAUCCUCAUGUAAUUGCAUCAAUGGUGUUCCAAAUGAUGGACAGUUCUGCCAGCCACUAAAUAACAUAGCAAAUGGCAGCACAUGCACAACUCCACCUGCACCGAUAGAGUUUCAGCAAAGUAUGUCGCUGACUUUAGAUGAAAAGUUUGAUGUUGCACUCACCAACCCAAACAGUGCGACGUACAGUAAAUAUAAUACCACACUCGUGAAGGCAAUUGAUUUUAGUUAUAGAAACAUGACCGGCUACAAACCUGGCUCAGUAAGAAUUCUCAGGUUCAGGGCUGGUAGUGUAAUUGUAGACUUUACAAUCAACACCACUGUAAAGGAGCCUGACUUCAAAGCCGCAAACUCUGAGCUCUCUCAGAUACUUACUUUGAAUGGAUUUAAAGUUGCUGAAAACGCUUUUGCGUACAGUGAGGAGUACGACCUGCUGAAUAGCUCAGGACAAAUAUACCCUCUGCAAGACUUGCAGUUAAUUUGUGCUCUCCCGAUUGAUGUAAUGGGAAACAUUCAAUGGCAAGUGAACGGAGUUGAUCCUUUUCUAAAUCCUGUGAAAUACAGGCUUCUCAACAACAACCGCACUCUUAUAGUCAACAGUGUGAGUGCAGAAGACACUGGGACAUAUGAAUGCAUAAGAACAGGCAAUUCCCUCAGCCAUAUCCAGUGGCAAAGACUUGUGAUCCCGCCCUAUCCCAAUAUCCAAGUAGAUCCUGAUAAGGUGUUUAAAUGUGGCAAUUUGUCCAUACCGCUACAAUGCUGCGCCCAAAACAGCUACACAAUUGAGUGGACCAAGGACUCCAUGACUUCACUGACACCUCCAGGUCCAGGCUCAGGCUGUAUCAUGUACAGCUAUACUGUCUGGAAACAGGAUUGUGAAGCCGCUGACAUUGCAGUCAGUUUCACAUGUCGACUUUCUGACACCAGUCUGAGUGUAUUCAAUUACAGCUCGAAAAGCAUAUCGAUAGGAUUAACCAAAAAAGCGUUCGACUGCGAAGACAGCAGCUUCGGUGUGGGCUCUGUUAACCAGACAACAUUCAGACAAUGUAAUGGAAAUGAGACUGGCAUUCAGUGGGCAGUGUGUAAUAAUGCAGGAAAGUGGAGCAUAAUAUCAGACAACUGCACCCUUCGUGUCAUUCAGAACCUGGCAGAUCAAGCUAAAUAUUUACUCCCGGAGCAAGUCCCAACAUUCAUUGCUAACCUUAGUAAUGCUGCUACAAUUAAUUCUGAGGACAUCGCCACUGUUCCUGUCAAUCUCCUGAAAGUCGUAGAUGUACUCAGCACACUUGCGACUAUUUCAAAUACACAAUCAUUUACAGUCAACAAAACCGUGAUGGUGAAUUUCCUCAACACUGUGGACGUCAUUACAUCAGAGAAAGCCCAAGCGACGUGGACUAGUUUAAACAAUGACAAAGCGACAGGAAAUGCGAGCUCUGUGCUUCUUCAGUCGAUCGAAAUUAUCGGAAGCAGUUUCUCGGACAAUAACUUUUCAAUAACAACAUCAAAUAUCCAGCUUGUGAGGAACUUUAACAACCUGAUCCAGGGAAUCCUUGGCACAAAUGCUUCUACUCAGAUAGUCAUUCCAGAGACUAGCACACCCUUCCCGGUCACAGUCAUCAUCUUCUCAGCAUUUGACAGCGUGCUACCUGUUCGCAAUGCGACCUUCAGUGACAGCAAUGAAACCAGCACCAAAAUCAAUGGAGAUGUGGUUAUGAUUAAAGGAGAUUCCUUAAUAAGCAACAUCUCUCUUGGCUACAGUGUUAUAAAUCAGUCAUUAGGAAACCCACAGUGUGUCUUCUGGAACUUCAGUCUUUUGGAUGGACUUGGUGCCUGGGACUCUACUGGAUGUGAACUGAAGCCAGGAGGUGAUCAAACCAAGAGAUUAACAUGCCAGUGCAACCACACGACCUCGUUUUCGAUCCUGAUGUCACCGUUCUCUCUGGAAAAUGAUGCUCUAGCCUAUAUAACCUACAUCGGCGUAGGCGUUUCGAUUGGCAGCUUGGUUUUGUGCCUCCUUUUCGAAAGCCUUAUUUGGAAAUUUGUGUCGAAAACGGAUACAUCUUACAUGCGUCACAUCUCCAUAGUCAACAUGGCUCUGUCCCUUCUUGUCGCCGAUAUAUGCUUCAUUAUUGGAGCUGCGAUAGGAAUACCAGGCCAGAAGACACCAGUGGGUCCAUGCAGUACCGUCACCUUCUUUAUCCACUUCUUUUACCUCGCACUCUUCUUCUGGAUGCUGCUGUCUGCACUCUUGCUUCUCUAUCGCACUGUGGUAAUUUUCUCCAGGAUGUCCAGGGCUAUGAUGAUGACCAUAGCCUUUACUGUCGGCUACGGAGCUCCAUUAAUAAUUGCCGUCAUCACGGUGGCAGUAACAGCUGGAAACGGGGGAUACAUUCAAGAAGAAAAUACUUGCUGGCUCAACUGGUAUAAAACAAAGGCUAUACUGGCAUUCGUGAUUCCAGCUCUGCUCAUCGUGCUUAUAAAUCUCCUGGUGCUUAUUGUGAUCAUAUAUAAGAUUGUGAGGAGUGGAUUUUUGGCCAGCAUUCAGCGAGAUGACAAACGUGCCUUAGUAAUGAUUGCCAGGUGUGUGGGCAUUUUAACCCCUCUUUUUGGUCUAACAUGGGGAUUCGGGAUCGGAACCAUGGUGUCGUCAGCCUACGGGAUUCAUGUGGUGUUUGCGGUCCUUAAUUCAUUACAGGGCUUCUUCAUAUUAGUUUUUGGGACGCUUCUGGAUUAUAAGAUUUUUGGCAUUCUUUUAGGAAGGUGGAGGCAGAUGAACUUUAGCUCUAAACCUAAAGGGAGUGUCCUUGAUGGAUCUUCAAACAGAAGGGGUUUCUAUCACUUCUUUCCCAGGAGAUAUGGCUACAACAUAUCUACAGCAGCCUUUACUUCAGAUGCACCAUCCAGCAGCACAGAAACGUUUAGGUUCACUGAUAAAUAAUGUGUUUUUACAGCACAGGUAUCACCAUGAAGAUAUGCUUUACAUGGGUUGAAGUGGAAGAUUCUCACCAUCUGUUUAUUCCGGUUAUUGCUAAUUAAAAUGAAUACUAAGACUGUGCUUGCAACUUUGA